AAUUUUAUUUCUGCUUUGGUGUUGUUUUGUUGCUGUUGAAAUGUUUUGUGUUUACCUUCAUUACGAUUUAUUCUAUAAUUAGGUUAAAAUUGAAGUGUAAUUGGUAACAUUUAAGUAAUCCUGAUUGAUUCUAUAUAUACAACUAAAUUAAAUUAUAUUUAGGAUGAAUUCUGACAAUGAAGAACAAGAGCCUGUUAUAGAUGAAGACUGUGCUGUUUGUCUGCAAAAACUUGAACAUCCAACCCAGUUGCCAUGUAGUCAUAUCUUUUGUUUUCUUUGUGUAAAGGGCAUUGCUAAACAGAGCAGGAAGUGUGCUAUGUGCCGUGCCGAGAUCCCACCUGACUAUUUGGACAAUCCUGUAAUUCUGGAAAAAUUGGAGAUGUCAGUCCCGGAUGGUCCAGAUGUUGAGGGAAGCUACCAAUGGUAUUAUGAAGGGCGAAAUGGUUGGUGGAAAUACGACCAUCGUAGCAAUGUUGAUCUUGAAGCUGCAUACAACGAUAAAAGGGCUGACUGCACUUUACUUAUAGCAGGCCAGCUGUAUGUAAUUGACUUGCAAAAUAUGGUGCAGUUGCGUAGGAGUGACACAACAAAACGUCGUCGUGUUCGUCGAGACACAACUGCAUUGCCGGCUAAAGGUAUAGCUGGAAUUAAAAUAUUUAAAGAUGAAACAAAAUGUGAUUCAGAAGACACAAAUCAUGCUGAUGAUUCUUCUACAAGAGCAGUAAUUGAGAUUUUAGAUGAAAGUACCACAUCAAAUGAGAAUAGUUCAUCAGACGUACAAAAUAUUACUGAUGGUGUAGUAGAAAGAAUGAGAACAAUAAUUUUAAAUGAGCCUGAUCAUCCAGUGGAACAGUCAGGAGACACAUGAUGUUAAAAUUUGAUUUAAAAAUAAGUAAAUUAGUGUGUUGUAAUGUUUUUGAAAGCCAGGCACUUAAUGGGUUGCAUUUGAAUUCAUAGCAAUGUUUUAAGUAAAAUCUGUAGGUAGGUACUUAUGAUUUCAAGUAGUCUAAAACUAUAAGUAAGUAGUGAAGUUAAUAAGUGUUAUUUGAAUUUGCUGUGAUCGAUAUUUUAAAGUGAUAUUUUUCAAAUUAAUCAGUAUGCAGUCACUAGUCCAACUUUAGGGUCUUGAAAAUCGCAUUAAUAACAGUAUUUUUAAUAAGAAAUAUUAGCUGUUAACUUCUUAAUCAUGAGUACCUACAACUAUACUGAAAAUAUUUGCAACACACUCGAUUAAUAAAUCCUUUAUAUGUCUACCAUGAUUGUUUGUAAUAGGUUUGCUCUGGUUUGAACAGACAAUUACUUGUAUUUAUAGAUACGAUAAAUUUACAAUAUUUUAACUGAAAUAUAGCUUAUACAUGCUCUAUGUGCAAAUUUUUUUUUUUGGAUUAUCAGUGUUGUAAGUGCUCAAUAGAAAACAGGCUAAUUUUAUUUUCAUACAAACUUACUCAAGUUGUAUGUUAAAAUUGAAUUAAUUUGUUCUUUAUUUAUUCUAAAAAUGGGUGGUUGUUGUUAGAUCUAUCGAUUUUUGCAUACCCUAUAUAAUAUUAGUUUAAUAAAAGAAUAUUUAAUAAAUAUA